AUGGACUCGGCGCCUUCCACAUCACAAAAGGCGCACAACCUCUUCCAGGUCUUCCUGCGAUUGCGUCCACCCCAAGCAGGGGCUUCGCCGUCAGCCGAGCGAUUCUUGACUGUUGAAGAGCCCGCCACAGACGAUGCGGCGCCAACACACAUCACACUGAACCCUCCAAACGACCGCCGGCGCGCAAUCGAAAAGUUCGCGUUCACCCGAGUCUUCGAGGAGGAUGCCACUCAACUGGAUGUUUUCCAUUGCACCGGCGUGGUGCCACUUGUCGAGGGCGUGCUGGCUCCGCAUGGAGGAGAUGGAACAGAUGCAUUGCUUGCCACGCUUGGCGUGACUGGCUCAGGGAAGUCACACACCAUCCUCGGGUCAAGGACCCAGCGCGGCCUGACACAGCUGGCCCUCGAUGUCGUCUUCCGCUCUCUCGGCCAUAACAUUGUUGGCUGCGCCUCUCGCCCAAACCUCGAAGCAUCCAUCAGUGCUUCCGACCCAUCGGAGGGUGCCAUAUGCUCAGCUUCUGCGUUUAUUGAGUCCGUGUACGCCGACUCCUCAGCGUCAUCUCGUCCAAACUCAAGGGCUCCCACCCCAAUGAUUGUACGGUCCCCUCACGUUGCUUCUCGUUUUUCCUUGGCUAGAGGUGCCCCCCACCACUCCCCUCUUAAUCCAUGCCCUCGGAUGGGUGGUUCAGAAGGCAACCUGGCCGAUCUUCCGGGCUUAUCUGAUAGCCCAAAGACGGUCCGGCAGUCCAAUACCAUGCAAGGGCUGCAUCAUGAUGUUCCGUAUCAACUGUUGCAGCAUGGCAUGACCCCAACUCGGAAGCAGAAGCAGAAGAACGAUUCAACUAUGCAUUUCAUGGCAGUCACUGCUUCAGUCCGACAAAAGAAGAAUAAUGCUAAAGCUUACCAUGAUCAGGGCGAGUUUAUGGGGCCACCACCCACCCCGUCCCGGCGGCUCCUCAACCGGCCUUCAGCACUUCCCCAACAACCGGAUAUCAGCGCACUAUCCGUGUCUUGUGACCCUGCAUGCGAGUAUGCCGUUGUCAUCUCCAUGUACGAGGUAUACAACGACCGCAUCUUCGACCUGCUAACCCCCCCAAUCAAGUCUGCCGCUACAAAGGAGUAUCGCCGUCGCCCUUUGCUGUUCAAGCCAACAGAGGCCUCACCUGACAGGAAAGUCGUCGCAGGGCUUAGAAAGGUUGUAUGCGGUAGCCUCCAGCAGGCGCUGAUGGUCCUCGAGGCAGGGCUCCACGAACGUCGCGUCGCUGGCACGGGCAGCAAUAGCGUAAGCUCACGGAGUCAUGGCUUCAUUUGUGUUGAAGUCAAGAAGCGCGCGAAACACACCCGGAAUUACCCUAUGGAGUCGGCAUGGGGAGGUAGCACCCUGACGAUCGUGGAUCUUGCUGGCAGUGAGCGCGCGAGGGAUGCCAAGACUGCCGGUGCCACGCUCGCCGAGGCGGGCAAGAUUAACGAAAGCUUGAUGUAUCUGGGUCAGUGUCUUCAGAUGCAGAGCGAUUCAGCAAACAAGGACAAGCCCGGCGUCGUGCCGUUUCGGCAAUGCAAGCUCACCGAGCUGCUCUUCUCCAACUCCUUCCCUUCGGUGUCGUCUUACUCGUCAUCUGUCACUUCCCGGCGGAAUCCGCAGAAGGCAGUCAUGAUCGUCACGGCAGAUCCGCUUGGGGAUUUCAACGCAACGUCGCAGAUUCUCCGUUACAGCGCGCUUGCCCGCGAGAUCACCGUCCCCCGCAUCCCGAGCAUAACACAGACGAUCCUCUCUGCCGCCGCCGCCGCCACUACCGCACAUGCACCUCCAUCCCAGGGUCAGUGUUCCAGCCCCGUCGGCUCCCCGCCGCUGUACCACCGACCCUUCCUCCCGCCGGGAUCGAGCUCGGGCUCGGCGGCAGGCCCAAACAUGCAGCGCACCUUCUCCCCCGGCGCCUGCAGCUCGGGCGGCGACGAGCACCGGUCCACGAUGGAGCACGCGGCGCUCGAGAUCGCCCGCCUGUCCGAGGAGGUCGAGUACCUGCGGCAGGCGCUGCAGUCGGAGCAGUCGGCGCGCAUGGAGGCCGAGGCGCACCUGCUCUCGAUGGAGGAUCGGAUGCUGGAGCUGGAGCAGGCGAUCCGCGAGGACUGCACGGGCGAGUUCGAGCGGCGGCUGGACAUCGAGAUGGCGAGGUGGCGCGCCAACAUGCAGGUCGAGAUGGAGCGCGGCGAGGAGCACUGGGGGCGCAAGAUCGAGGUGUUUGAGCGCACCAUGGGUGCCGGCGGCGACGUCGACGAGGACGGCGAGAACAAGGAGAACGUCCUGGUCGAGGACAUGGCCGAGGAGAACGACCGGCUCCGCCGAGACAACGAAGUCCUCCGCCGCGAGCUGGCGGGCAUGAGCCCGACCAAGAGGGUCCCGCUCCGCGAGCGGCCCAGCGACGCCACAGCCGCCGCCGCCGCCACGCGCGCCGCCGUGGCGGACACGGGUAGCCCGAGACCCGGACGCGCCAAGACGGGAGCUGGCGAUGGCGGGCUGCACAGGAAGAUGGAGAGGUUGCGGGUCAGCGAUGAUGGCGAUGCGGUGCGCAAUUCGAGCGGCGGGAGCCCGAAGAAGAUGCGUAAGCUUGUUGCGAAGCGGUGGGAUGGCGCUCUGGAUGAGGAUGAUAUGUUUUGA